AUGGGAAUCCACAAGUCAAAGCUCAACAAGGUUGCGAUGAACAAGCUGGUUGAAGAGACGAACUUCACUCGCGAGGAGAUCCGGCACUGGCACGACGGCUUCCUCCAAGAUUGCCCAACUGGGAAGCUGACUAGAUACGAAUUCGCCAAGAUCUACCAGAGCUUCUUCCCCAAGGGCGAUCCUUCUGCAUUUGCCGCAUUCGUCUUCAACGUCUUCGACGAGAAUAACGACGGAAGCAUCGAAUUCACCGAGUUUAUAACAGCCCUCUCACUAACUUCUCGAGGUCACUUCGAAGAAAAACUCGAAUGGGCUUUCCGAUUGUACGACAUCGACAACAACGGAACAAUCUCUCGCGAAGAAAUGAUGCAAAUUGUUACCGCCAUCUUCCGCAUGGUUGGCAACUUCUCGGAGUCCGAAACACCUGAGCAAAAAGUGGACCGCAUUUUCGCCAAAAUGGACGAAGAUGGCAAUGGCGAGCUCUCAAAGGAAGAGUUCUUCGAAGGCGCUAGAAUGGACAAGUCCAUCGUCCAGGCGCUUUCUCUCUACGACGGCCUUGUUUAG